CCGGUGGUGGUCGAGUGUCGUCUGGCACUGUCGAGAUGCCGGCUGGGCCGGUCUCGGCAUGCGUCUGGGCAACCUGCCAACAUGUUAACCUUCUCGUGGGGUGCUCUCCCUGUUUCCCCCCUUCGUUUUUGCGUCCAGGACUUGUGGUUCGAAGUGCAUGCAGGCUCUUCCAUGCCCGCAUGCACUUGUGAACACGCUCGUGAUGCAGGUGUCGCUGCUGCAGUUCUCGCACUGGUCUUGGCGGCUUCCGGCGCGGCAAUGCGAAUUUGUAUUGUGGGCGGUUGUCGUGCCGCGUCACGGACAGAUUCGAGAACAGCCCUCCCUUGAUUUGACAUAUACGCUUCCUUUUGGCAACUCUCCGUGAGACGCAUCUCGUUGACAUUCCAUCGUUCCUACAGCAGACGAUAUCGCAGACGCUCUCCCGCUCCUGCGCGCGGUCAUCCGAGAAUGCCAUCGCUUUCUCGUCGCGCAUCCCGACCCGUCGAUCGUCUACUCCGGACGGGAACCACCAACAAGUAAUCCUCGUUCCCCCGACAUCCUCACACCGACCGAUGAACGCUUACGGCGAGACUGGGCGCCCGAAACACUCAACUCGUGUCUCCGAGGUCACCGGCCACAUCACAACCGAUCUCAGAUACCAUCUCGCGCAGUGGACCCUCCAACUGCGUUUCAUGCGCUCUUCGGCACUGCUCUGUUCUACAUGGGCACAAUCCUCGCGCACGACGCGAGUCUCGCGCUCCCCGAUGAGCCAUCAACAGCAUCGACGUACUGGCUAGCCGCUCUCGACAUCUUUGAGACCGGCGAGAAUCUGCCCAGCGUCCUCGCACACGGCACGUCUGUACCAGAUGACUGGCGCAUGUGUGUAUCGUGGGGUCGGACUCUUGUUUGCCUCGCGGACGAAAAGCUCGAGCAUAGUCUACGGUCAGAAAAGACCCCUCCUAUGCCUACGCAGGCCGACCUCAGGAACGGCUAUCUGCUGUACCAGCCGCUGCCUGGGCCCUUCUCCGCAGUUGAGCCCCGCUGGCCGCCAAACUCCCCUUUCCAUGCUAUCGCCGCUGUACGACCACCAGUGACGCGACGGAUGAGCUUGUACUCUGCCAGUGCACACGAUGUCAUGGUGCUUGCUAUGGACCAGUUCUCGCGCGGGAUCUUCCACAUGCCGCACCGCCAGUACCCGGCGACGCACAACCCCUCCGCGCUCCAGCUGGAGCUCCCUUACCUCGAAGGCACGGGCUUCUCGCACGCCUUCCAUUCGCGCAGGUACACCUCACCAUCCUCGGUGUCGUCAAGUCUAUCCACACAGAUUUUCUCGCGGCCAAAGGAGCUGUUCACCAUCGCCUCUGAGCUACUAGGUGUCGCCGAGCGCCUGAGUCAAUCGUCCCAGCGCGAGUAUUGGGCAUCCCAGGCCGACUCUGUUUUCAAUCAAAUGAAGAUGGAGGCGGACAUUGGCGAGUGGCGGAUGGCUGUGAACGCCGCCCGUGGUCGCUGCUGGCUGGUAGUCGGCGAGGCACGUGCAGAGGAGAUGGAGAAUGCCCUCGAGCGCGGCGACACAUCGGUGCUCCAAACCGCCGAAGCCGAGGAAGCUCGAGAAGGUCUUGCUACUGGUAUGCAUCUCCUUUUACGUAUGACGUUACGGCCGUGUUGAUGUGCACAAUGUGUUUGUUGCAGCGGUCGCAUUCCUCGAGCGCGCUAAAGGCUCCGCCACGACUAGAUCGGAUCCAGACCAGGAGGAUCUGUCCCCUCUCGUAAGUUAUCGAUCAGAGCG